CGGGUCCAUACAUGGCUGAAGAUAUCAGUGAGGCAGAGGAUACUCUUAUUUAUGGUUUAACAGGCUUGAAUACUAUGGGAAGAAUCCUACUUGAAAAUGGCAAGCAAGAAGCAGCAGGUUCCAUUGAAGAUUUUGUCCCAAAUAAAAUUACAACUUUAUUUGGACUAAUGACUUGUGCUGCCAACUUCUACAACAGUAUUGGUGUGAAGAAGAGGAUCGACGCUGAAGACGUGUGGAAGAAGUCUUAUCACCAUGCCAAGGUGCAAGAGCAAGUAGAGGAGCUCCUGCAGUUGGAGGAGGAAUGGGAUGCCUUUCUGGACCGCAUAGACACUGAGCUGAAGACAAGUGACAAACGGCUCACAGGAGGCCCAACUUCACAGAAUCUGAGUGCUGAUACACCCCUCACAGAUGCCAGGAGUGGAGAGAAUGUGACUCUGGGAAUGUACUUUGGGAAAGGGGAGAAUCUGCUGCUGGUCCUGAUCCGACACUUUGGAUGACUACCGUGACGCGAGCACGUGGCUGAGCUUGCGACCCAACAGGGACUUCUAGAUUCUCAGUCAGCUCGGGUACUGGUGGUCUCCUUUGGCUGUCGGGAAGGUGCUCAGAUUUGGCUAGAUCAGACGGGCUGCAAGUACGACAUGCUGCUUGACCCAGAGAGGAAGAUUUACAAGGCAUUUGGCUUGGGAUCUUCCUAUUCAAAUGUGAUGAAUUUCGACUCCUUGCUUCAAUAUGCAGAGUAUGUUGUGUUAGGCCAAGAGUUUCCUGACAUCCCACCACGUUUCCUGGAAGACUUCUAUCAGAUGGGUGGGGACUUUGUCCUGGAUGAAGGCGGGACAGUGAUCCUCUCUCAUCCCUGCAAGAAUCCAAUGGACAGGCCUGAAGUAGCACAGAUGGUGGCUACCAUCUCAUCUGUUGGCCGUCCUACCAGCUUCUAAUGUAGUAGUGACUCACUCCAUCUGAGUAGACAUGGCACUGACCCCUCAGAGGAAGCGCACCACCUUGGCUUAUGUGGAUGAAGACACUGAUCACACUCAUAACCUCAUGAAGAGCAGUGUCUGAUGGGAACUCACAAGCCAA